AUGGCUCUGUGGAUGAGCAGGAACACUGAUCAAGGGAAGGAAUCGGCAUCACCACAUGCCAUCUUGUCAUGUGUCGUUUCACUCAUUGCCAGUUAUUACUCCCCUGUAUGGGCGAAGGAGCAGGAAGUGUCCGAGUCCAGUUCUUCACAGGUUUCUGUUCGAUCAUGGUGCUGUGUGCAGCUGGAAGCCGUUUGUCGUUCUUGCAGAGGACAUGUUUUAAGGCUGUCUCCACGCAAACAAGAGUUGAAAUUCAAAAGCACCAAGUGUCCAGUUGAAGUCACCCACCUGGACCACUUAGUUCUCACAGUGAAAAGUGUACCAGACACCGUCAACUUUUACACCUCAGUUCUUGGCAUGGAGGAGAUCACGUUCAAGGGGAAUCGUAAGGCGCUGGCCUUUGGACAGCAGAAGAUUAACCUCCACCAGCUGGGUCAGGAGUUUGAGCCCAAAGCCAAGCUUCCAACAUCAGGCUCUGCGGACCUGUGCCUCAUCACCAGAACCCCUCUGUCCACUGUAGCGGCGCACCUGAAGGAUUGUGGGGUGCAGAUAGAGGAGGGUCCUGUGCAGAGGAGUGGAGCUGUGGGGACCAUCAGCUCUCUGUACUUCCGAGAUCCAGAUGACAAUCUGAUCGAAGUGUCAAACUACAUACAGACAGUGUCACCUGGAUCCACUUGAGAGCUUUACGAAAUGGAUAUGAUUGGUCAAGUUUUAGCCCAAACAUUCCUGAUAGUCUAAACAAUUCCUGCACUAGUUUGAGACUUGAAGUGACCUUAUAGUCAACAUUACAGCGUAGUACUGUGGAUCAGUGGCCUGCUAUUUGAUUUUGCAAGGAAAAGUACAUUUUAUGUUUUGCAGUAAUAUAUUCAGAUUCGGAAAAGUAUUUGUGUGUGUGAAAUACUUUGUUUCUUAGUUAAAAAUCAGUUUCAUUAUCUUUCACCAAAACAUCAAAUCUAGGCUUGAGGCUUGCAUCUCACAUGUACCUUCUGGCAAAUUGUAGCUGAAAUUUCAGGUCUUCUUUUUAAGAAAAUUCUCCUCUAUACCAACUUCAUCAUGAAGUUGUACAGUUGGGGAUACAAAAUGCAAAACAUGCACUGUGCACAAUUUCUCCAAUCACAGCCAGAGAAGCAGAGAACUCCUUCUGGGUUCUCUGUGUGUCUUGGUGGCUUUCUUCACUCUUCUCCUUGCACAGUGCUUCUUGCAUUUAUCAUAGAGUGCCAUACUGUUUGUAUUUGUUCAUAAUUGAUGUAACUAAAGU